AUGCACUAUCGCAAGUUAUCAAACAACCGGACUAUUCACCAUGAAGCUCAUCAGAACGUCUUCGUUUCCCUUCGAGCACAACCGUGCAGCAACGUACACGCGGUUCACGAAGAAGAACGGUGCGUUUUCGUACAGGAAACGGAAGAAUGUCGAGAAUCGAUGCACUAUUUCGACUACAUGUACUUUAUGUACUGCAUCAUCGACAGCUCUAAUAUGGCGGUAUUUGGAGCGGCAAUCAUCGCACUGUUGCUGGUUGUACUGUACAUUGGAGUGAUCAUACACAGCCUAUGCGUCAACUAUUAUGUCGGCAGUGUAUUGUACGUAGCCAAGACUUGGAGUCUAAACGAAUACACCGCGGGUAUUACACUCCUCACAUACGGCAACGGUCUAUCACAGGUACUGUCGGAGUUGAAGCACCACACAUCCGAAGACACGGAACUGAUUUACAACCAAUACCUUGGGACGGCUGUCUAUCAAGCAUCAUUCCUUGCGGCGCUGGUCACCUGGACACGAAGGUUCUACAUCUAUCCGGAGGUCAUCGUUCCCAAUAUCAUCACCCUGAUGAUCGUCGCACUAUUAGUGGAAGGUAUUAUGUUUGACGAAGAAGUGGGCAUCUUUCAAACCGCCAUCUUGGGUGUUCUCUAUGUGGCAUUUCUGAGCACUCUUUACACGGUGACGCUGAUGUUGGAUCGAGAGCGUAAUCGAUCGCGAAGCCAAAUAGAAGUGCGUGAUGUCAGCGGAAAGUUGUUUGAUAUCUCACUUACAGAAACCGCAUCUACUGUGGAAAAUUACCUAAACACCUCCUGGUCAGAACGCACCUGGAGGUUAUUUCGUACUUUUCGCAAUGAAGAUUACCGAGCCGCGAGUUGUGGAAAAAAACUUUAUCUUCUUUGUAACAUGCCUACGGAUGUCAUCGCAGUACUUUUACUGCCCAGAGUGAAUUAUGAAUUGCCGUUACAUGGAUGGAAUAGGUGGUUAUGUAUCAUGAAUGUGAAUUUUUACCCCCUUUUUCUCAUCUCUACAGCAAUGGUUGAUUUGUUUUCGUUCUAUGAACUUUCCUGGGCUUGUUUAGGGAGCCUGGUGGCAUCUAUGACAUUAAGCCUUGCCAUUUGCAUCAGCACCCGUGAUGAUCUUAAGCCUCCGUUCUUCGAUUGCAUUGGGAUUUUCGCUGUGUUUGGAACGUCCUACCUUGUAAUGCUCCUGUCGUACGAAAUGAUAGCCAUAUUGGAGACUUUAUCAAUCAUUGCGAAUAUUUCGACUGCAUCAUUUGUCAUAACCAUUCUUUCGUGGGGUAGCUGUUGGAUUGAUCUCGUUACCUUAACAACCCUGGCUAAGCGUGGAUAUCCAAGAUUAGCCUUCGCCGCAUGUCUUGGAGCACCAGUAUUUAACAUUCUGAUUGGUCUAUGUACGGUGUUCAGCGUCCAGAUGAUAAGAGCCGAGUCCACGACAAUUCAUGUACGCGAUGGAACAUCAGGACCAACUAGUUCAGCGUAUCUGUUCAUCAUUUCGUUGACGAUUCUGCUCUUGGUGCUUAUUACGCACUUCCGAGCAAGCUUUAGCCUAUCCUUAUGUAUGAUGAUGCUCUAUCUCACCUACCUCUUGUUCAUAGCGCUCUGCGAGCUAGAAAUCACUCAUGGCUACGGAACUGAUCAUAACGAUGACGGCGAAUACUUCCAGGACCAAGUGCCUCAACACAUACGCUGA